CAGAAAGUCGCUCGCGCUCCUCCAGAAUGAACUUUUGGGACUACCAGUAUGUAAAGGAAUGCGUUUUUCAGCGAAUUAACAUUUCCUGACCAUAUUUAUCGCUUGAUUUUUAUUGUACUGUCACGAACAGUGGCUUUGUUUGUAUAAUUUCUUUAAAGUUUUUUAGCGGACAGCAGUGGUGGUCGCUUUGCUGUGGAAAGGAUCUCUAUUCAGCUUUCCUCAACAAAUGCCUUUAUAAUAAUGGAGGAAAGUGUCCGCUGUGAUUCGGUUUUACUCAUUUAGUGUCUCUUUAAAUUGUUAACACUUGUAGACAGAUGAGCUGAGUAGAUUUUAUCCGAAAGAUAAAGUUCUUUGGCACUUUAAUGAGUAGAUCAGGUGAUAACUGACCGUGUUAAAGCUGGACAGGAUGGCUGGCGUGGUGCGCACCCUGAGCCGGUGUUUACUGCCCGCUGAGGCCGCUCACGAUGACAGGAGUACCGGGAAAGAUCGCACCCGCGAGCGGGACGUGAACCGGGAGCGCGAGGCGAAGCGGCGCAGUCGCGAGAUCGACUCGAUGCUGAAGCGCGAGCGGCGCUCCAUACGACGGCUGGUGAAGAUCCUGCUGCUGGGCGCCGGAGAGAGCGGCAAGUCCACAUUCCUCAAGCAGAUGAGGAUCAUCCACGGAAAAGAGUUUGACCAGAAAGCGCUGCUCGACUUUAGGGAUACCAUCUUUGAGAAUGUCAUCAAGGGCAUGCGGGUACUGGUGGAUGCCCGAGACAAACUUGGCAUUUCCUGGCAGAACUCUGAAAACGAAAAGCAUGGCAUGUUUGUUAUGUCCUUCGAAAACAAAGCAGGCAUGGCUGUGGAACCCUGCACCUUUCAGCUGUACGUCCCAGCCCUGCAGGCACUCUGGAAUGAUAGCGGCAUCCAGGAAGCCUACGGUCGACGGAGUGAGUUUCAGCUGAGUGAAUCAGUGAAAUAUUUCCUGGACAACUUGGAUCGGAUUGGCCAACUGAGUUAUGUGCCGAGUCGACAGGACAUCUUACUGGCCCGGAAGGCCACCAAAGGAAUUGUGGAGCAUGAUUUUGUCAUUAAGAAGAUCCCUUUUAAGAUGGUAGAUGUGGGAGGCCAGCGCUCUCAAAGGCAGAAAUGGUUUCAGUGCUUUGACGGCAUCACCUCCAUCCUCUUCAUGGUGUCCUCCAGCGAAUAUGACCAGGUGCUGAUGGAGGACCGUCGCACCAACCGCCUGGUGGAGUCCAUGAACAUCUUUGAGACCAUAGUCAACAACAAGCUCUUUUCCAACGUUUCCAUAAUCCUCUUCCUCAACAAGAUGGACCUUCUGGUGGAAAAGGUACGCAAGGUCAGCAUUUGCAAGCACUUUUCCGACUUUCGGGGAGACCCUCACCGACUGGUGGACGUGCAGGCCUAUCUGGUGCAGUGCUUCAACCGCAAACGUCGCAACCGCAUCAAGCCACUUUUCCACCACUUCACCACUGCCAUUGACACUGAGAACAUUCGCUUCGUCUUCCAUGCCGUCAAAGACACCAUUCUUCAGGAGAACCUUAAGGACAUAAUGUUGCAGUGACUUUUUGAUUGGUUUCUACCAUUGUUUGAGUUCAUUUUCAGUCAUAUUUCGGGAGGAAAUUACUUUUGGAAAAAACAUUUUGAUCACUGUGCGUGAGAAAGUCAUAGUGCGAGAUUAUACUCCAGUCAGUUAUAUCCAAGAGAUGGCAUUCAUAUCCAAGAAAAUGACACAAAUCUUUCUUCGCCAUCACUCAUUUGCAAUUUUUCCUGUGUAACAGGAUGUUUGAAGACACCAUUGAUGGUGGAACUUUUAAGGGUAUUAAAAUUCGGUUAAUCCGUCAAUUAAGCAUAUUUUCACCACUUGUCUCAAGGAUAAACUCGAACUUUACACUGGCUCAUUUCCCAAAUAACAUACUACAAACAACUAGCAAACCUGCACUGAACAUCCAGCUUGAACAAACAUUACUUUCAUGUCACUCGACAGAUUUAUUGUUGAUAUAUUCUAACAUUUAAAUCACAUUUUGCUUUAUCUAUAAAUUAUAGAUGACAUGCAAAUUUCUCAUUAACAACUAAGCAGGGUUUUUGUACAUAGAAUGAACAGCGGCUUUUGUAUGUGUCUCCUCUGCUUUUCAUGUGUCUCUUCACGUUAAGCUACAAGCUUUGAAAUAUAGAGUAGGGUCAAAUCACUGGUUAUGCCUAACACCACUAACUUACGAUGAACAGCGCAUUAAUGGUAUUCUUUAAAUGUCAUGAUUGCGCUGAAUAUAUACUAUAUGAGUAAUCAUAUAUUGUUAAGCCAAUGUUUAUACAAUCUGUGUACUUUACAAGAGGGAGUCAAUCUGAUGCUGUUCAGUUGGUCUAUCAACAGAUGUAAAGGUUUGAUUUCUUCCUUCCUUCUUUGCACACUGAAUUCUGAAAUUUUUCUAUGCGUUAGUUUUUCAUAUUCAUAUGCGAAAUAUUCGUCACAUAUACAAACCUUGCACAUUGAGUAUGAUACGUAUUAAAUAAUCCAUUAUGAAAAAACACAAAACAUUUGCAAGUCAAUUAAAGCAGUGAUACUUUGUUCUCCUCUCUUCUCCAAAGUAGAAAAAAAAAGGAGAAUAGGCCACAUAUUGCGUUCAUCCAAUUCUGCAUCAAGAGUAAGGAGAGUUUAGCUCAUUGUCAAAGAGCUGCGCUGGAUUAUCCCGGAAUUAAUUUAUUUAUCUCAAACUUUAUUUCAGGAAAUCAGUGGAAUUUUGAUACAUUGCUUGCGAUACUUCACACAUUCACAUUGGUAAACAAAUCCUGAACAGAGACUGGCAGUACUAUGGACAUUAUAACAGAUGGCAGCCGCGUUGAUGUGUCAAAGCAACGGACCGAAAGCACACCAUGCUUUCUAUUAUAAUUUUUAUGAGCAGUACGUCAAAUGUAUGAACACACACACACACCAAACAGCAGCAGGGCAGAGGUGUGCCAGUUACUGAAUCCAGGAUUCUCAACAGUCCGCUACAUUCUGUCUUUAUUUUAUGCACUGUGUUUGUCAUAAAGUUAUCUGUAGCUCAAAUGUCGGCAUUCUGUAUUUAGCUUUUCGCUUGUACGAUGGCUUUGAACGGUCAAAACACCUCUCAAAAUGCUUUUUCAAAUGAGAAAAGCAGAAAAAAAAUCAAACCCGAUUCAAAUUUUUUUAUAGCGGACGAAAGUUUCGGAGGCUGUGUGUUAAUGCGAUUGAUUCAACGUGAGGUCGAAUUUAUUUUUUAACAUGCAAAAAUUAUGGAUUCAGUGUGCAAUAACCUUUAUUCUUCAGAUCUUGAUGAAUGGCAGCUGUGAACAGCUGUUUGUUUUGCUUUUAGAUUUUGUUGCUGUGGGAGGUCCUAUGUUGUGAUCCCGGACGAGCCCCCAAUUUGUUGCGCCCAUGUUACAGUCUUUACAUGAACAGGGUGAGAAGUGGCUUCCCUUUGAUGCCUGCCAGUGCUGAGGAGAGUUUCUUGAGGUUACUUUUCCACAGAUCUGGUUUUGGGAUCUGGCCUGGGCGAGUAGUUUCCGUUUCAAUGCAGGUGUUACUUGUUAGACUUUUGUUUUGUGCCAUCGUUUUAGGCUUUGGGAAAGUGUGAGAUAUGUUAUCAAAUAGUUCUAACAAGAGCAUCAAGCUCUUCUUGCAUUUUUAUGUGUGCCGCAAUGGACACUGUGCCUCAUUUUUUAUUCCAAAACAACAUUGACAAUGUUUCUCUAUGCCCUAAAGGUAUUUAAAUUUUAUCCUUCCUCCUAAUCACCGCAGUGCCAUGUUGGCAGGAAGGCAUUUGAUCUGAGAUAUUGGACACACCCUAAACCUUUGUCCCUGACAACUCUUCCCAUUGGGAGCAAAACAUGUGCAUUUACUGGAAGCUCUCCGGUGCAUAAAGAAACAGACUAAAUUCUUUAACUCAAGGCUGUGUUUAUUCUUGUUUCUGUUUUUAGGACCAUAAAUCUAUUGGGAGAGUUUAACGGCAAAAAAGAAACAGACAUAAGUAUAAAGGUUAUUCAAAUUUACAAUUAAGAUAAGCAUGUAAUUAUUUUGAUAUGAGUAUUUUUUUUGGAGGAUAGUAAUCAGAGUAACUGUUUCCAGUCGUGGUUUUAGUCUACUGAAGGUGAUUUAAAAACUACAGUAUUUAUGUUACAUUUGCUGCUCUGGUGUUUUUGUCCCUGUAUGGAUCUCAUGAGUGCCACUGUUAACAGGAUGUCUGCUUCAACACUCCUUUCAGAGUUUCACUGUACUUCUUUUCCACUUUCAUAUUUGUUUCCCAAUGUUUAAUGUAUCCAGUGAUUGACUGUAAAAAGUGUGAAAUUUCAGAUAAACUGCAAUAUGAGUGUUUUGUAAAUAAGAACUGUAAAAAUACAAUAAAACCAUGAGUUAUACUUAA